UUCAUUUUAGAGGUGUACAACUACAAAUAGUAUCCCUCAAAAAUCAUUUAAAGAAAAACAAACGAAUCUUAAUCACUAUUUUCACAUUAGAGUUGACCCAAUCCGCGCGCCAUAUAUAGUCGUUUCGUUUCCACUCUCCUUCCCGCCCAAACCAAACCACUGUCACUGAAAAUCUUCCACCGGAACGAACGAACAAACCAGCAUGAACACCACCGAUCCAGAAUACUGGAAGAAACUGAUGGUCAAUUACCUCUACCGCGACGAUUCCGUCAAUCAACUCCGCUCCAUCGCUUCUUCUCCCGAUUCACAUCUCCAUUUCCCUCUCUACAUCUAUUUCGCAGAGUUAAUGGAUUAUGAUCCUCGCAUCGCUCAUCUAAUCUUCUCACAAUCCAACACCUAUCUUCAACUAUUCGACGAUGCUGCACUUAUGGCUCAUAGAAUUGUGUUAGAAGAAAUGGCUGCUGAUGAAAAGAACAAUGUGGUUGAGAAAAAAUUCAUUCAUGUUCGGAUUAAUGUCGGUGGUUCUCCACUUGAAUGUCCUGAGACUUUUCCGAGCAUAGGGCGUGUACGGGUGCAGCACCGAGGGAUUCUACUCACUGUUAAAGGGAUAGUAAUCAGGUCUGGAGCAAUCAAGAUGCAUGAAGGGGAGAGGAAGUACAUGUGCCACAAAUGCAAAAACAGCUUCACAGUUCAUCCUGAGGUGGAAGCUCGAAACGCUAUAUCAUUACCUUCAAUGUGCCCAUUUCAGAAGCCGAAGCCCUGUGGUGGUUCAAAAUUCCAGUAUGUAGAGAAUACUAUUGUGUGUCAUGAUUAUCAGGAGAUAAAAGUCCAAGAAAGUACACAAGUUCUAGGUGUUGGAGCGAUUCCUCGUUCAAUUCUCGUCAUCUUGAAGGAUGACCUUGUUGAUGUUGUUAAAGCUGGAGAUGAUGUGAUUGUCACCGGUCUCUUAACAGCAAAAUGGUCUCCAGAGUUGAAGGAUGUGCGUUGUGACCUUGAUCCCGUAUUAAUAGCCAACAAUGUAAGGAGAAUCAAUGAAUUGAAGUCAGAAAUUGAUAUUUCUGAUGUCAUGGUUAUGAAAUUCGAGCAGUUCUGGAAUCAAUUCAAAGAUGAACCUUUAAAAGGAAGGAAUGCUAUUCUACGAGGAAUCUGCCCACAGAUAUUUGGUCUUUUUACUGUCAAGCUAGCAGUUGCACUAACACUGAUCGGAGGUGUGCAACACGUCGAUGCUUCCGGAACACGGGUAAGGGGGGAGUCCCACUUACUCUUGGUCGGUGAUCCUGGCACUGGAAAAUCACAGUUUCUUAAAUUUGCUGCAAAGUUGAGCAACCGAUCUGUUAUUACAACUGGGUUGGGAAGCACAAGUGCAGGAUUGACUGUUACUGCCGUGAAAGAUGGAGGUGAGUGGAUGUUGGAAGCCGGGGCCCUUGUCUUGGCAGAUGGAGGAUUGUGUUGCAUAGAUGAAUUUGAUAGUAUGAGGGAGCAUGACAGAGCAACAAUACAUGAAGCCAUGGAGCAGCAGACAAUAAGUGUUGCCAAGGCUGGUCUUGUAACAACCCUCAGCACCAAAACAACAGUAUUUGGCGCCACAAAUCCUAAGGGACAUUAUGAUCCUGACCAACCUCUGUCCGUCAAUACAACCCUCUCUGGUCCUUUGUUAAGCAGGUUUGAUAUAGUCCUGGUGCUUUUGGAUACAAAGAAUCCUGAAUGGGAUAAAGUAGUUUCAUCUCAUAUUCUUUCUGAGGCAGAACCAGAUAAAACACCCAAUGAUGAAGAUCUAGCAAAUAUCUGGCCUCUUUCUACUCUUAAGAGGUAUGUACACUAUUUAAAAGAAAACUUCAGACCAGUCCUUACGAGAGAGGCCGAAUCAGUUAUAUCCAGCUAUUAUCAACUUCAAAGGAGAUCUGCAACUGAUAAUGCGGCUAGAACAACUGUCCGCAUGCUUGAAAGUUUGAUUCGCCUAGCUCAAGCUCAUGCAAGGCUGAUGUUCAGAAACGAGGUGACUCGGCUAGAUGCCAUCACAGCUAUUUUAUGCAUAGAAUCUUCCAUGACCACCUCAGCUAUUGUGGAUUGCAUUGGGAACGCUCUGCAUUCCAAUUUCAAGGACAAUCCUGAUCAGGAAUAUGCAAAGCAAGAAAGGUUGAUCCUAGAAAAACUGGGAUGCAAAGACGACUUUUCUGAUAUGAAUAUCAUUGAAGACUGAAGUCAAAGAAAGGAAAACAAAAUUGAAGAUCGGGUCAAUGAAAUCGUUGACGUGAUUUUUUAUCUGUAGAUACCUUUUUUGUUAUAUCUUUCUAUUUCUUGUGUAAUUUAAGGUGAUUGAGGUCAAGUACUCCCAGAGAUGUAUAUUGAUAGAAUGAUUGUCUAUUUAACCAAAAGUGAUUCUGUGUUCACGAAUCAUCAGCUUGUGGUAAAUUAUCUAUUUCCUUCCUUCUCAAUUUGUCGUCAUAUUCAUGCGUUUUUUGUUUAGUUUCUAAUGACAAUAUUAUUAUUGGUUUAUUGUUUGGUGCAUGUUUGGAAUCAUGCCGUGUUUGUAAAAAUUACAGUAUCUCACCGAUAUUUUACAAAAGUAACUAGGAACCCAAAGACAGUUAAAUGGUUUUUUUGGGUACAUCGGGUAAAAACAAAAGAGAAAAAACGAGAAAAAAAUAAGAGUCGGGGGUUUCAUGAGGAGUUUUUCAAGAGGAAGUCAUUCAUUCUAUUAAGGGGAUGAUCAUCAUUUGUUGCUUUAAGCUAGGCUAGAAAAGUAGCGCUUGCAUUCCCUUCCCUAAAA